AUGUCCCAGUUUUCUGGACGGGACACAAAAUCACCCUCGCCCAACUCGUCGCCCCCGCGCAACGACUCUCCCUUCUCCAACCCAGACGCCAACAACGGCAACACAAACUUCAACCCUAAAGGUGCCUUCGCCGGCAAACCAGGCGCACCGCCUCCCGUCACCAUACCAGGCUCCGAGUCCGCACCCUACCCCCAGCCGAACCCUGCCUACGCCCAAAACUACAACCACCACCGCCCCGCAACGCCCACAUCGCCUGCCCGCUCCGAUUAUGCAUCAUCGCCUGCCAACGCCUCACCCUUAAAUACCGGAACCCCAGCACGCGGCCACAAGCGCAACAGUUCUCGCCCGCUGUCCAUGGUCCAGACCUACCAACCGCCCUUCAUGGAUGUCAACGAAGACACCAUCCCGGAGCUGCAGCCCAUCUUCACCUUCCUCAACAGCCACGCCAACAAGCUGUACCAGGAGGGCUACUUCCUGAAGCUCGAUGACCAGAACACUCAUGGCCGGCCAAACCCCGACCGAACGUGGACAGAAUGCUUCGCCCAGCUUGUCGGCACCGUCCUGUCACUGUGGGACGCUGCUGAGCUAGACGCCGCAGGCCAGGACGGCGAGGUCCUGCCCAAGUUCAUCAACCUCACCGACGCUUCUAUCAAGAUGAUCGAGUCUCUCCCCACAAGGACGAGCGACGAGCAACCUCUGCAGAACAUCCUCAGCAUUUCCACCGCCGGCAGGAACCGAUACCUUCUCCACUUCAACUCACACCACUCGCUGAUUCAAUGGACGGCCGGCAUCCGCCUCGCCAUGUUCGAGCACUCGACGCUGCAGGAGGCUUACACGGGUGCCCUCAUCGCUGGCAAAGGCAAGACGCUCAACAACAUCAACAUUGUCAUGGAGCGAUCCAAAUUCAAGACGGAGGAAUGGGUGCGAGUUCGUUUUGGCGCAGGCGUGCCGUGGAGGCGUUGCUGGUGCGUCAUCUCGCCGCCAGACGAGAAGGAGUACCAAAAGGCACAGAAGGAGAUGAAGAAAAAGUCGCCCUACGAGCGUUCCGGACCGCCCAUUCUCAAGGGAGACAUCAAGUUCUAUGACACCAAGGUCGAGGGUAAAAAGCAGAAGAAGGCGAAGCCGAUUGCCUCCAUCUCCGAUUCGUACUCUGCCUACGCCAUCUAUCCCCAGGCCAAGUCGCUCAUUGAUGCCUCGACACUUCUCAAGAUUGAAGGCAACAUUACAAUUCACUCGGACCCGCCUUCGUCGACCGAAGGCUUCGUCUUCAUCAUGCCUGAGGUGCAUCCCAUGGUCAGUGGCUUCGAGAUGCUGCUUCGCUUCCUGUUCCCCACGUGGGACACGUUCGCCCUCUAUGGUCGUCCAGGCAGGCUGGUUGCUAGCGUGCUAGACCCCAGAUCGCUCAUGUUCGCCAUGCCAAAGCACCGUCGAUACGGCUAUCUCGAGAUCCUUGACGUCACUGGCCUUAUUCUCAAGGACGGCAGCUCUGGAUGGUCCGAGAGCCAGUGGCGCAAGCAGCUCAAGGAACUCACCGGAACACGCAUGAACACGAUUGAAGACACCCCGUCCCCUCGCGGCCACAGCCGUGCUGGCAGCCGAAGAAGCAACCGCCUGAGUGGGGGCGUGCCUCAGCCGAGAGCCCGCGUUGGCUUCGCGGAUGACUCCGCCAUCACGAACCGUGUCUCUCGGUCUCUUUCUCUGACGGGGGCUCCUCGUACAGAUUCCGCGCCACCCCAGGUGAACGGGCCUCACACGCCAGAUCCUUUCCGCCGGGAGCCUCAGGGCGGUCCGUAUCAGGCACCGCCACCUGCUUCCCGUGGCAUCAUGCAGGGCCGAACCGGCACCCAGGAUGGCCAGAGCUCGGAUGACGAGCAGUUUGCACGAAAUACACCACCCGGAACUCUGGACGGGGUGAGAAACCUUCAGACCCCGGAGCCCGUCUCACGACCUCCUGCUUUCAACCACGGACCUCAAUCCAGGCCUCUCAGCAAACCGUACCACUCACCGGAGCUUAGAAGGGCCAACAGCCGUCUCUCGAACACGACGCUAUCACAGCUGGCCAAGGCCGGCGGCGUUUCAAUCCCAACGGGCGGUCCUCCUGGCUCGUACCCUGACCCCAGAAGCGGUGAGGAUCACGCUGCUGCGGCGCAACCAUCGGUACAUCCUGACGCCAACAUCAUGGGAGCCUAUGCUAACGACGGCGGGUCUCGCGAAGCUAUGACAUCGCCCAACAACUUUCAGCCCUCCCAGGGAGGUCUACCUCCUCCAAUCCCGCCCCUGAACCAGAAGAGAUCCCGGUCUCCGAUGGCGCAACAGGCUUUCGGUGGUCCUCCUCCGAGCCCCGGUCCUCGCAGCCCUCUGCCUCCCAACCCUCCGUAUGGUGGCCGAGGUGGCCCGGAUCAGCAGAACCGCAUGCCCCCGCCCAUUCGUCCUCCCCAGGCUCCCUACAACAACUUCUCGCGACCCGACGGAGCGCGAAGCCCCACGGUUGGCGGGCCAGGUCACAUGCAGAAUCUCGACACGAGGGGUCUCGGCUAUGGCCAGACCCCGCCUCUUACCCCCAACUCACCCCGUGUCCCUCCCCAGUAUCAAGAUCAGCGUCCCCGCACCCCCAACGACCAAGGGGGUCGGAGUCCUAUGCCCAAUGUGGAGAGGUCCCCUCCGAUCCACCGCAAACCGAUUGCCAACCGAUCCGACAGUCUGCGGCAGCAGGAGCACCCCAGUAUGGUUCCGGGUGGCGCCUCUGGACCUAUGAUGCACAUGGGCGGUCCUGGCCCGGCACAGCCUACGGAGUCUGGCCGAACGCGAACCCCCCAGCCCGACCAGCAGCUUCAGCGGCAGUACAGUGAGCGCAGCGCAGCCAGCAGUCACUACGACGACGCCUCCGUUACGAGCCCCGAAUACGCCAGCGCGCGCAAGUCUAGCGAAACGCAGGCUUCUGUCGAGCGUCCUCGCGCUGGUGUCCUCCGAACGACAGGCGGAGAGCCUCCGAUGCCUGAUAUGCCGCACCCCCAAGCAUUCGAUAUCCCUGACAUCAACUUUGGGCCGACGAUCAACUACGGCGCCAGCCCUCGCAAGAAGACCCCAACACCCAUCAACCCUGGAAUGCAACGCCCAUACUCGCCAGCUCUGCGAUCUCCCGCCGUGGCGUCUCACGAGCAUGGCGAUGCGCCCCCUGCUCGCCAGGUUCCAUGGCAGCCGAGCGUGGGGGGCAGUGCUGGUAACGGAUCGGGCCUCAGCGCAGAGCAGUAUGUGCAGCAGCGGGCUGCCCAGGCCGGGCAUGCUCGGACGCCGUCCAACCCGGCACUGAACAACAUGCGCGCCAAGACGCCGUCUCCUUCGAUGGGUCGUCGGUCGUCGCAGGAACUGCUCAACCAACACCACAGGAACAAUAGCUCGGGAGACCUCAUGGCGCGACCCAACUCUCGAGGCGCGAACCACGCUCUUGAUGUGGGCAGUUCAGGUGAAAUGGCGUCCCAGCUGUCUGCUCGAGACCAGGAGCAGGUGGCCCGCAUGACAGGGGCACCUUUGCUUGGCAUGGGUGCUGGUAACAGACCGCAACAACAGCAGCAACAGGCUAUCGGAGGCGGCUUGGUUGGUGCCAUUGACGCCCGUGAACGUGAGAAGCAGCAGAUGAAACAGGGCAUGAACAAUCAUGCCGUCCAGCAUGCGAUGCAGCAGCAGCAGCGACAACAAUACCAGCAGCAGCAGCAGCAGCAGCAGCAAUAUCAACCGCAGAUGCAGCAGCCGAUGUAUGGUCAACAGGGCAUGUACCCACCCCAGAACAUGGGACGCGGUGGCAAUUAUGGCCCACCCCGUCAACAGCAGGGUCCCGGACCCUACGGCGGGCCUAUGCCGCAGCAACAGGGUGGGGCCUACCGACCUGGUCCCGGGCCGGGGCCGAUGCCUAUGCGCCAGGGUCCGCCUCCUCCCGGCGACUUCAUGCCGCCGCAGGGGCCGUACGCUGCUGGGGGACGUCCUCAGUCGCCCGGUGGCCAGUAUGGACGCGGUCAGCAGGGAAUGCGACCCCCAAACCAAGGCCAUGCCUUCUGA